AUGAAGUAUAAUCUUUUCAAACAUCAACAGCAUCCAGUACCAUUAAAAAAUAAAAAGUCAUCAUCUGUUUCUUCAGUUAAACAUCUAACGUUAACCGAUAAUACAUCUGUGUCAUUCGCAGUAGGUGAAGAUGAUCUUCGUUAUCCAGUUGCUAUUGCAGCAAUAUGUACGGGAAGAGGCGAAGCCAAAGGAACAGUUGGCGUAGCUUGUUAUGAUUUUUCAUCGGCAACACUUAUAUUAAGCGAAUUCAGUGAUUUUUUAUCAUUUUCAAGAUUAUUAUGCAAAUUAGAAACCUUAAAGCCGAACGAGCAUUCCUUAACAGAGCGUACUCGUCUAACUGAAGCGAUAACCAAUCAUCAUGCUGAUGUUCGAGUAGUUAAUAUUAAUCGAAAAUAUUUUUCAUCUGAAUAUGGACUCGAUCGUUUGAGACGUCUUGUAACAGCUGAAUAUAAUGAAGAAUUUGCAUUGCAUCGUUUACAAGAGAAAUACUAUUGUACGUCAGCAUGUGCGGCAUUAUUACGAUAUCUUGAGUAUCAAUAUGAUAUAUUCUUUUUCGAAAAAUCCAUUCGAAUUCAAGUACAAAGUUCAGAAAAAUGUGCUUUUUUUGAUUUAGCUAGUGCGCGAUAUUUAGGAAUACUUGUUGAUUUUGCUCAAUCAAAUCAAUGUGGUCUUCAACCUGGUUUUCAGUCACUAUUCAGUAUAUUACAAGCGACAAAAACAAAAAUGGGCGCUAGAACACUGAGAGCAAAUUUAAUGGAACCAUUGAUUGAUCUUAGUUCAAUCUAUUAUCGUCAGGAUGCUGUUGAAAAUUUUAUGGAUGACGAAAAGUUUAUGUAUCAAAUUCAAACAAUAUUAAUUCAUUUUUCCGACGUUGAACGCACUAUACUAGCGUGUAUCCAAGAAAAUCCAAGUCAUACUUUAAUCUCAGCUGAAAAACGUUUAACAGUAAUAAAUCAAUUACGUCAUAUAUUAGAUAUUUCAUCAACGUUAAAAAAUAUAUUGGAACAAGGAAGUGCUGAUUUAAUGAAAAAUUUAUGCACUGUUCUAACUGAUAAACGUUUUCAAUUGAUAUUAGAUAUACUUGAUUCACGAUUAAAUACUGAACAAACAGAAUUUACGGGUUUUAUUGGUACAAAAUUACGACGAAUAUUCACUAUUCGAGUAACAUAUGACAGUUUACGUGCUGAUGUUAUCGAAUUAAUUGGCGAUGUAGAAGCGAUGGAAAGAGACUUUGGUGAACGAUUUAAUGUGCCAGUUAGAUAUAGUUUAACAAAUACUCGAGGAUUUACUUUAGAAAUAGGUUGUGAAUUUAAAGGUUUAUUACCACCAAAUGUCAUAUCUAUCGCUAAACGUGAGAAAUCAACAGUAGUUACCACAUUACAUCUGGCACAUUUAUCUGAUCGUUUUGAAUUGUUGUAUCAUGAUAUUUGUCUCAUAUCAGAUAAAAUUAUAUUAGAUUUAUUGACAGAAAUUCGUCCUUAUUUUGGUUCACUAUAUAAAUUAGUUGAAGCAUUAUCGAUACUUGAUAUGAUUCAAGCAUUUGCCGAAGUUUCACGUACACGUGAUUAUGUUCGACCAUUAUUUGCUGAUUAUACAAAAAUAGUUAAAGCUCGUCAUCCCGUUAUUGAUUUAUUCGGUGUACAAAAACCAAUUCCAAAUGAUAUUGAUUUAUUUAAAGAAUUAAAUAUUCAUAUUGUAACGGGACCGAAUAUGAGUGGAAAAUCAACAUAUUUGCGUCAAAUUGCACUGUUACAAGUACUAGCACAGAUUGGAUGUUUUGUUCCAGCUGAACAAGCAAAAUUUCGUAUUGUAACAGAAAUAUUUUCUAAAAUUCGACAGCAUGAUAAUUUAUUUUCUGGUCAAUCAACAUUUUCAUCUGAAAUGAAUCAUAUCGCAUUUAUAUUACGUUGUAUGACACCAAAUUCAUUAGUUAUACUUGAUGAAGUAUGUUCAUCAACAUCGGCAAAUGAAGGUUUAGCAUUAGCCACAAGUAUUAUUGAAUAUUUAGCAAAAACAUCUCAAGCAUUUGUUAUAUUUGCUACCCAUUUUCAACAAUUAACAUCUAUUAGUCAUGCCUAUAAAAAUAUUUCUAAUUAUCAUUUUGAUGUUGUUUAUAAUGAGACAAACGAACAUGACUCAUCUACAGUGCGUUUCCAUCGAAAACAAACAAAUUUAGUUGAAAAAUUGAGAGAACAAAAUGCAAUUAUUUAUGAUUAUCAAUUGAAACCAGGCGCUUGUAAAGAAGUUCAUUAUGGUAUUGCAUUAGCUUCGCAAAUCGAGGAUUUACAUGAUGUGGUAGAAAUGGCCAAAAUGAUUGCACAGUUUAUUAUCGAAAAACAAAAUUCGAUAUCAGAUAGUCGUUUAUCUGUUCUUAAUCUUUUAAUGAAACGUGUCAUCAUUAUGAAAGCGUAUUGUGAUCUUAUUUAUGAUGCAAAAGAGAAUCAAUAUCAAUUUAUUGAACAACAAAAAAUUUAUCUUGAACUUUUUCAACAAAAAAUGAAACAAUAUUGGUCUGAAUCAUCAGAUUCAUCAUUAGCUUUAUCAAUUUCACCAUAA